UUUUAGUAUUAUAAUUAACCUAUAUUGAGUUAGAAGCUAUAUUUAGAUAAGCUUGUGUAUAGUAAUCAGUCAUUUAUCACGAAUAAAAAAAGGUCAAAAGGUCAAAGAACAAAAUUGUAGCCAUAAAAUAGUUUUAUUACUUUUUUCCUUCGUCCGCAGAAUGGACGAGGCCAAGAGUGAAGAGGCCUGGAGGCCUAAGCCUGGUGUUAUCAACAUGAACAUGAUUACAGAGGCCAUCAAUCGGAUGGUGGAGGACGAAGUCCCCGGAAAUGUUAUCGACGAGGAAGAAGGAUACAGGUUACAUGAAAUCACCCACAUAUACCUGGAGCACUUAGACAUCUAUCGUAUAGAUCACUUGUGGGUACUUCCAGCUCUCACCAUACUCAAACUCACUGGCAAUAACAUCCAGAAAAUUGAAAAUCUUGAUGCUUUAGUGAACUUGGUGGACUUAAAUUUGUCUUUCAACAGGAUUGAGAAUAUUGAAAAUUUAAACCACCUCGCCCAACUCAGGCACCUUUCUUUGUUCAGUAACCUGAUCACAGAGUUAGCUAACCUAGAGAACCUGAAGAAUUUGAAAAUCUUCACUAUUGGAGGCAACAAAAUUGAAGACAAGCAAUGUGUUUUACAUCUGAGGAAGCUCAAUCUGUUUUCGUUAAACAUGGCCGACAAUCCUUGCGCCACAGAGGAAGACUUCAGGACCUUUGUGGCCGCUUACUUGCCGAACCUGGAGUUCUACGAGUACAAGAAGGUCACAGAGGAGGAGAGAGAAAGUGGCCGCAAGACAAACUUGAAAGAGUUGGAGGCCUUAGAGAGAGAAGAAGCCAAGGCGGUGAAGGAAAGACAAUUGGCUAAGAUUGAGGCAGACAAGGAGGAGUUAUACUCUCGGGCAUUUGUUGAGGGUCUGGACAAGGAUCAACUCUAUGAGGCAAUGAUCAACAGCGAUCCAAGUGGACAAGCCAUGCUUCUCAUCGGAGAUGAAGUUCAGGAGAUAUUUAGAAUAUUUCAAGAAGAAAUUGGAAACGCGACAACUGAAAUAUUCAAUAUUGGACUGGAACAGCUGAAUCUACGAGAUACUGAGGUGCAAAUGUUCCAGGAAGGCACUCAAGAUGCAAUAAUGAAAGGACGAGCUAAACAAAGACUUAUACUAGAGACGUUCCUGGCCAGCAAGGCUGUUAUGUUUGUGGAGAUGGAUGACCUCUGGGAGGUAAUGGCGAAGCAGACGAGUGACGAGAGCAUGAGGCGGCAUUCUAUCGACGAGAAGGUGGAGAGGGCGAACGCGAUGUGUACAACUGUGAAGCAAGAGUUGCUAGGUCUAGAGCUUACGCUGUCUGAACAGCUGAAAGAGGUGUUUGCACAGUUUGAGCGCAACUUAGGGGACAUGGUUAACACUUUCAUUGAGACGGCGCAAGGAUUUUUUACGAUAAUGCGUGAGCACGAGACAGUAUUUAGUGAACAGCUGGGGGACCUGGCUAGUCGUUACUUGACCCAACUCACUAUCCGCAACGAGGACCUCUCCAACCUUCCUGCUGCCCUACGUCCUGUGAUGGUGGACAAGGAGGCGGUGAACCAGGCUGUGGCCAGUUCUCAUGACAUCCACCUCCAGACCAUCGACAACCGAGAGGACCAGCUCAUGUCUCGUAUACGCACAUGGUACCAGAAGCUCUGCAAUGACUAUGAACAGGAGGAAACUGCACGAUUCAGGGGCAGAGUCAACGAAAUAGUCAUGUUCUUAGAAAUGCAAAUCAAGGAAUUUGAGCAAUUUCAAGUCAACAUUGAGGAUGAGAUGGGGCUGUUAAUGAUGACGGAAAACUCGUAAAACGAUCUCACCGGCCGAACACGCAAGUCCAACUAUAAUUGUAUUAUUUAUACAGUAUUGAUCAGGAUUAUUUUUUCCUCGAUUUUCACUGUCUAUGGUCCAGCAUUAAAUUUUGUAUUUAACUGUAAUACAAUACAGAGUUAACAAUUAAUAAAAAUAUUUUGUUUCUAAUAGC